UGCUUCCCAGAGACUCCUGAUGGGCCUCCAAGUAGCUGGUCUGGUCAGGGGAAGAGAGUCGCCGGCCGCAGAGUCGGCAUGGAGCGGAGACGAUGGCUGGCUCUCCUACUCUUAAUAGCGUCGGCGCCAAGAGUGGGCGCGCAAUACGAAAAAUACAGCUUCCGCGGCUUUCCAGAAGCUGAGCUGAUGCCUCUGCAGAGCGCAUACGCCUAUGCGUUAGAGCAGUACGAGGGCGAAAACUGGAGGGAGAGUAUCCGCUACUUGGAGGCGAGUUUGCGCCUUCACCGCUUGCUCCAGGACAGCGAGGCGCACUGCCAUAAGGAAUGCGCGGGGAGCGAAAAGUUAGGCACCGGCCCACUUUUUACAGAGCUUGCCAAGGGCAGCCCGUCUCCUUCGGAGCUGCUUCUGAAAAGCGACUCUUUUGCAGAGCUUGAAGGCAGCGCGGGAUGCGGCGAAAAUGCUUCAGGGGUCACGCCCGGCGAGGGUCUCCAAGACCAGGAGAUGGAAUACUUCGGGCUCGUCCUCCAGCGGGCCUCCUGCCUGCGGAGAUGUAAGAGCAACCUUCCUGUCUUUCAGCUCACCUACCCGCCGACCGAGACUUUGCGAGACUUUCAGCGGCGCACUCCUUACCAAUACCUUCACUACGCGCUUUUCAAGGCAAAUAAGGUUGAGAAAGCUGUAUCAGCUGCUCACACAUUCCUACAGAAAAACCCCAAGCAUGAGAUGACUCAAAAGUACCUCAAUUAUUAUAAAACUAUGGUGGAUGUAGAUGAGUACCUUGUAGACUUGGAAGCACAACCAUAUGAGACGGUUUUUGUCAGAGCAGUGAAGCUUUACAAUAGUGGAGAUUUUAGGAGUAGCAUUGCUGACAUGGAGCAUGCACUGUCCAAGUACUAUGAGGCCUAUGAAAAUUGCCUAGCUGGCUGCGAGGGUAGCUAUGAGGUCUCUGAAUUUAAGGAUUUCUAUCCAGCCAUAGCAGAUCGUUUUGUUGUUGUCCUGCAAUGUAAAGUAGAUUGUGAAGUUGACCUGACCCCAAAUGUUGGUGGCUAUUUUGUGGAGAAAUUUGUGGCCACGAUGUAUCACUAUCUUCAGUUUGCAUAUUACAAAUUGAAUGAUAUUAAGAAUGCAGUUCAGAGUGUAGCUAGCUACAUGCUCUUUGAUCCUGGAGAUGAAGUCAUGCAGCAAAAUCUGGUUUAUUAUCGUUUCUAUCGUGAACGCUGGCAUCUGGAAGAGGAGGACUUCAACCCACGACCAGAGGCCUUGCGUUAUCAUAACUGGACAUCCACACAGAAGAAACUCUUGGAGUUUGCCAGGCAAUAUCUCCAGCCAGAUGAUGAGGGAGAGGUGGAUGAAGGAGUUGACGGAGUAAAAAAAUCUGCACUGCCAUCUGAUGCUGAGUUUGAAGACAUUGGUGACUAUGAAGAGGGUUUUUUGUCUGAAUGGUGGCAGGAGCCUAGAUCAAAAGGAGACAAAGGUGACGAAGAGAGACUUGAUUGAGUAAUACGAUUCCAAUAACAUCUGCAGGUGAAGGGGAGGCAUUGUUGUUUUCUUGGACCUACGAAAGUAGACUUGGAACUGGCAAGAUGAAUUUUGACAGCAUUCCAACAUGUUCUGUGCCUUUUGACCUCACAUUAAUAUCUCCAAAGACUGGGAAAAUUCCAUCAGCAGAACCUCUAUGCAAAAUAUUUAGAUCCACUUCCUCUUAUGCAAAUGGAUGGGUAACAAAGAACAACUCUGGGUUAAACCAAAGGAACCUUCCCACUUUCUAGUGGAACCUCAUUUCUAAAAAGUACUGUGAAUGGGCUUGGAAUAAAAAUAUCUCAACACAAAGAACUAAGAAGAAGCAAAUGCUUCAUUUAUUUCUGGUUUAAUAUAUUCUGCUUUGUGACCUCAUAUAUGUUGAGAACCAAAGUUCUUACCCAUUUAUGAAAGGUAGCAUGUGCAUAACUGGAUUUUCCGAUAUUCAGAUUUAUUAAAUGCCCUGUUUGUCCAAAGGCAGGACAACUUCCCCUCUCAAUCAUUAACUUUUAAAUGUGUGUAUAGCAGAGAAGAUAUAAUCUACCUGCAGUGUCAGGGAUUAUUUUAACUAAACUCAAUUUACUGGGCUACAAACACAAAAGGGGCAACAACAAUAUAGAUCCCUAGACAACGCACACAAACAUUCACACUACAGUAUUACUACUCACCAUUAGUCCAUUCUUCACCACUGCUACUCCUACUACUGCUAUUCUAACUCCUAUUCCCUGUGAAUUCUGCUAUUCCUUGUGAGUAUUUCUUUUCCCUUCCCAACUUACCUUCAUUUUCUGUUUUUCCUGUUACUGGAAAAAAGGCAGUGUAAAUGUGUGUGAAUGUAUUUAUGUGGUUCUGCAUAUGAGAGUGGUUUGUAUGGAAAAAAAUAGAAUGGUCAUCAUAUGCAUAUAGGAAAUUAAUGUUAUAUUAUUUUACUUUACUAAAGUACUUACCAGUUUAACUGAUAAUUUAUUUUGUAGUCCUAGCCUUAAAUAUCUUUAGAGCACCUUUUGAUCUGUGUGUAUACACACAAGCACAGUCACAUGCUUUCACAUGCAGGUGUAUAGAUGGAUUGGAGACUGGCUGGAUGGGGAAGAGAACUUUUGAAAAGUGUGUGUGUGUGUGUGUGUGUGUGUACUUUCCCUUUUGUGGCCAGGGAGCAAAUCGUCCUAAAUUAAAGAUUAACUUCCUUUUAACUAAAUAAAGUUCAAACAACUAAAUCUUUUCUCUGAAACUAGGAGUCAGCAGAUUUUAUAUCAGAAACAUGAAAAGUGUGCAUGCAGAAAUAUGGCUUGUUGAAGGAGAGCUCUGUACUUUUAGAGCUGGGGACAUGUUCAGCUCAAUAAUUAGCUUUCAAGAUGAGUUGCUUUAAUGUCCUUUUUGUGCAAGUUUUUACUCCUGCCCUUCCCUUAUCCAUAAAACUUUACGUACGUCACUCAUCUCACAAAACUGGGCAAUAGUUCUUUGUACUGUUACAUUUCUUUUUUAAUGAGGAUGAAAAUACUUGCAGGACAGCUGCAAAUCUUCUGACAGAUCCCGGUCUUCCUUGUGUUCAACCUUGGCUUGGAGCUUUUAAAGAGUCACGUUCCCAAGAUGGCUGAUGUUCUGACAUUUCCCCUACCCCAUGUGUCUAACUGAAAACCUGCAGUUAAUGGGCUAUUCUUUAACUUUUCUGAAAGCAGUUUCAUGAUAUUUUUUUACAUUCAAGAGCUGCCUUUGUUUUUCAGUUAAUUUAAAUGUUUAUUUUGUACAGAUUUUUUUUAUUAGUUGUAGUUAUAUUUUAAUAAAAU